AUGUCUAAGAAAAUCCAAGGUGGCUCCGUUGUGGAGAUGCAGGGGGAUGAGAUGACUCGGGUUAUUUGGGAGCUGAUUAAAGAGAAGCUCAUUUUACCUUAUGUGGAAUUGGAUCUGCACAGCUAUGAUCUUGGAAUGGAAAAUCGUGACUUGACUGAUGAUAAGGUCACAGUUGAAGCUGCUGAAGCCAUCAAAAAAUACAAUGUUGGGAUUAAGUGUGCUACCAUUACCCCUGAUGAGAACAGAGUUGAGGAGUUCAAGUUAAAGCAAAUGUGGAAGUCACCAAAUGGAACCAUCAGAAACAUUCUAGGAGGAACUGUAUUCAGAGAGGCCAUCAUUUGUAAGAACAUUCCCAGACUCGUCUCUGGAUGGGUCAAGCCUAUCAUCAUUGGACGUCAUGCUUAUGGGGAUCAGUACAGGGCAACCGACUUUGUUGUUCCUGGUCCAGGCAAGGUGGAAAUCUCAUUUACUCCUAAAGAUGGUGGAAAACCCAUUAAAUAUGUUGUCCAUGAUUUUGAAGAUGGUGGAGGUGUUACUCUUGGAAUGUACAACACUGACAAAUCCAUUCAAGAUUUUGCACACAGUUCCUUCCAGAUGGCACUGGUGAAAAGUUGGCCUUUGUACAUGAGCACUAAAAACACCAUUCUCAAGAGAUAUGAUGGACGCUUCAAGGAUAUAUUCCAGGACAUCUAUGAGAAGGAAUAUAAAUCUCAAUUUGAAGAAAAAAAGAUCUGGUAUGAACACAGGCUUAUUGAUGACAUGGUGGCACAAGCAUUAAAAUCUGAGGGUGGCUUCAUCUGGGCAUGCAAAAACUACGAUGGAGAUGUCCAGUCAGAUUCUGUUGCUCAAGGGUAUGGUUCUUUGGGAAUGAUGACAAGUGUUUUAAUAUGUCCGGAUGGCAAGACUGUGGAGGCAGAAGCAGCACAUGGCACAGUAACGCGUCAUUAUCGAAUGCACCAGAAAGGCCAAGAAACAUCUACUAAUCCUAUAGCUUCCAUCUUUGCUUGGACGCGUGGCUUGGACCAUAGAGCUAAGCUUGAUAACAACAUUGACCUGAAAACCUUUGCUACAGCUUUAGAGGAAGUUUGUGUUGAGACAAUAGAGGCUGGUUUUAUGACUAAAGACCUUGCUGCUUGUAUCAAGGGCCUACCCAAUGUGCAGCGAUCUGAUUACUUGAAUACAUUUCAAUUCUUGGAUAAAUUGGCUGAAAAUUUACAGCUGAAGCUCUCUGCUCAACCUAAAUUGUAA